GGGGGCAAAGAGAAAAGAGUGGAUGAUUGGGUAGACCCGCAGUUUUAAUCUGCAUUCCUCGUACUACGGCCCCGGGUAAGAUUGCUAGCUUCCUCCGACCUGAAUUGGCAAUUGGAAUGGACUCUCCAUUUUCAAGGUUCCCUUCUCGUUUCUGCCUUUCACAAUCAUGCGCAUGAUCCCUCUUGCAUGAUUAGCCCUUCAGUCUUCAUUUAAAUUGUCCAAUCGUCCCUGUUAAGCCCGCUUACUCGCUUGUUUUCUCACCCUCCCCCCCCCUACGAAUCGGGGCCGUAAUGCACAACGGCCGUGGACGUCGAAAGUACGGCAGUGUCAAAGCCUCCAAGAGUCGUCAGCCCCCUACUAUGACACACAUAAUCUCGAACCAGUCGCUUCCUACUCGCUCGAAAACAUCGGUCGCCAGCGACGAUAGCAUCGACGUCUCCGACGCCUCUUCAACCGCUCCCUCUACCUCCACCGUCAGCAGCAGCCCACCCAGCACAAAGUCUGUCCUCAACGGCGUCCAGAGGCCGACUGAAGCUAUGGCUCGAAAGAUAUCUUCGCCAAUGGCGCCCGCCUUCAUGGUGUCCGCGCCCGGGAAGGUUAUUGUUUUCGGUGAGCAUGCCGUAGUGUACGGAAAGGCCGCCAUGGCUGCGGCCAUCUCCCUGCGAUCCUACCUCCUGGUCACAACCUUGACCAAAUCGCAACGCACCAUCACGUUAAAUUUCAGAGACAUUGGUUUGAACCACACCUGGGAUAUUGAUGAGCUCCCAUGGGAUUUGUUUCGGCAACCAUCCAAGAAGAAGUACUACUAUGACUUGGUGACCUCAAUUGAUCACGAGCUUCUCGACGCGAUCCUGCCUCUCGUUGAGUGCAUCUCCCCAGACCAACCAGAAGCCAAACGGAAACACCAGCUUGGUGCGGCAACCGCUUUCCUCUAUCUCUUCUGCGCGUUGGGGUCCCCGCAGCACCCUGGAGCGAUCUACACCCUUCGGUCAACGAUCCCAACCGGCGCAGGAUUGGGUAGCAGUGCUAGUAUAUGCGUCUGUAUCAGUGCAGCACUCCUCCUCCAGAUUCGGACCCUGGCCGGACCGCACCCCGACCAGCCCCCUGACGAGGCGGAGGUGCAAAUCGAACGUAUCAACCGAUGGGCGUUUGUUGGCGAGAUGUGCAUACACGGCAACCCCAGUGGGGUGGAUAACACGGUCGCCGCAGGCGGCAAGGCCGUAAUCUACAGGAGAGGUGAUUACUCCAAGCCACCAGCCGUCAGCUCGCUCCCCAAUUUCCCCGAAUUGCCUCUAUUGCUUGUCGACACGCGACAAUCCCGUUCCACAGCAGUUGAAGUUGCAAAGGUCGGCCAACUAAAAGAAGAGCAGCCGUUGGUGGCGGAGUCGAUCCUUGACACCAUAGAGAAGGUGAAUAGUUCUGCCCAGGAGCUCAUUCGGGAAACGGAUACCACUGGUAUUUCUAAGGAUGCGCUUGAGCGCCUUGGGACGCUUAUCCGCAUCAAUCAUGGCUUGUUGGUCUCCCUGGGGGUCUCUCACCCUCGGUUGGAACGGAUCCGUGAGCUCGUGGAUUUUGCUGACAUCGGCUGGACGAAACUCACCGGUGCUGGUGGCGGUGGAUGUGCCAUCACCCUUUUACGCCCGGACGCCGACCCAAAUGUCAUCCGUGAGUUGGAGAAAAAGCUCUCCGACGAAGGAUUUGCAAAGUACGAAACCACACUCGGAGGCAACGGUGUGGGUGUCCUUUGGCCCGCCGUCCUCCGCAAUGGAUCUGACGAAGAAGGUGGCGAAGAGAUUGACCAGCAGAAGUUCGAAAAGGCGGAUGGCCCAGAGGGCAUUGAGCGUCUCGUCGGUGUGGGCACGCAGGAAAAGAGAGAGGGCUGGAAGUUUUGGAAACGAGCAAUGCACUAACGUGACGCCUCCAUUCCACAUCUGCCGAAGGAUUUCGUUUCUUAUAUUCAAAUGACGCCCAAAUGUGCCCGCCUUUCUCUCCUUCCUUAUCUCUUUUCUUAAUUAUUGAGCAUUUCGUCAUUGAAGGGGUGUCUGGGCUUGACGUAAUAUGCAUUUAAUCGACCAUUUCGCAUUUGUCUCAGGUAUCUCUACCAUUCUUGACUAUUCGAUUCUCUGUAUAAUCUUUACUCAUGUUCUUUUUGUUUUUUGACUGCCACUCCUCGAUACCUCUGCAUUGCUUGUCUCUUCAUUCCGUAUCGAGUCUUUUAUAUAUAUCUCGUUUUCAUCUCUUUUCUUCAUUUCGGCCUUGUUCUGUGGGAUCGAUCAUGGGGUGAGAGCUCAUGUAACGACUGAUGUGAACAUUGAUCCAUUCUGUGAGAGUUGUGGUGAAUGAAUAAUAAAGCAUCAGUUCAAUGAUGAAACCUCACGAGAACGUAAAAUCUUCUCCAAUUUGGGUUGUCACUAUACACUAA